AUGUGCACUACCUACUUUUCCACCUACGUCAACUGCCAUCACCGUCCUUUCCGGCAGACGAGAUGCGCCCUCUAUGCUCAAGACCGCCGAACCUGCACCGUUGAAGUCGAAGUGCGCAUCGACAGAGGUCUUGUUUGUCCGAUCUGUCUUGAAAAUAUCGUCUGGGUUCGCUCGAAUGGAGAAUGGGAGAUAAUAGAAACACCAGAGGGCGACCUUGCGAAAGAUGACUGGGAAAAGGUUGAAAGAGUUGGAUACGAUUGGCAGAAUGAUAACAGAAUUAACCAUACGAAAUUCGAUGUCAAGGGAAACAAGCCCGCCGCGACGAAUGCUACAACUUCGGUGUCUAAGAAAAUGACCGAGAGACUGGGUUGUCACCCAACCAUUACAUGGUUUGCGAUCGAUCCCACUUCUCUUCUCACCCCCUCGUUCUUUCGUAACAAGGUUAGGCGGAAAGCCGACCUGCAUUACAAGAUACAAGCGGAUACUUUUGAGUUCUCCAUGAUCUUAGGGGGCUACCAUGACCAAGAAGAGGUUUUACCCAAGAAGAAAACAAAGCUGAGCGGCCAUGCUAUGUUUUCAGUGCGAGGAUGCCGCCCUCAUGAAUGCCACUUCUUCAUUAUGGGAGAUACAGGUCUCGACUUCGGCGCUUUUAUACAUGAAAUUGGACGCAAUGUUUUCAAGUAUGAACCCGCACCCCCAGUAAAAAUCGGUAAUGCCGUCCCUGUUCCAGUCCCUUGUAUCGUAAGAUUCCCAAAUGCGGAUGUUGUAAAGCUGGGAAAUGUGCUGGAGAAUGUAGUGGGGGAUGUACUGGAAAGGGUGGGAGGAAGUGUGGUGAGGAUUACGGGGGGGAUGUUUUGCGUUAAGGAUGUGGGGGCCGAGGUGAUAGUUUGGAUGGAUGAGAUGGAUGGUAUGAUUGUUGUGGAUGAUGAAAUUAUGCUCGCCAUGCUCACCGUACUCGUAAUUCCUAGCGAAUCGGACGAUGAAGAAUUUGAGCUCCAACUCUCGCUUGAACUAGAAUUAGAACUAGAAUUAGACGACGAUGCCGUUGAGCUGAAAGUAUCUUUGGAGCUAGAAUUUUGUGAUGAGUAUCUUAAGAUGGAGAUGCUGCUGGGUGAAGAGGAUCCUUUAGAACCUAGCGGUGUAGGAUUACACGAGCCAGACGUAUCUUGA